AUGAUUCCUUCCACGACUUCUCCAAAUCCUGUAAGCACGGAGGCUAUAAGUGCUGCUGCAGCCAUCGAUCCACGUGUGCCACAACGUUUUGUUCCUACCGACCUAUCUGGUCAAAAAAUUCCUCAGAGCAAGCGCUGGCUUUAUUCAACAGCCGCCGUCACCAACAGCGACCUUAGAUCUACCGGGGUCAGUGCUGUAUUUAUUGCUGGGUUCAUAUCAUUCAACUUGUCAUCUGCUGGUCACAAUUUCUAUGAAUACCUCGAUCAAACAUAUGGAGAGCGCAAUGUGAACAUCUGGGGAACCUUCAUCAUUACCUCGCUCUUCUUUUGGGUCUGCAGCGCCGUCUUCGCUAUUCCCGAUCUGACUGGUUGGCCUAGAUGGCUCUUUAAGUAUAAAACUCAGCCAUUCAUUCGGGUAGAUCGUUCUAAAUACGCUCGUAUAGCGAUGGUAUCCUUGCGGAAUCAGUUCUUCGUGGCUCUGCCCAUGAUAAUCUUGGUCACACAUGCGACUUCGCCGAUGCCUGUGGCUCCAACCGCAUUACCUUCGCCGCUACAGACCAUGGGUAUGAUCUUUUUCGAUAUUGCCUGUACCGAGGUCGGCUUUUAUUACAUUCACCGUUUAUUUCACUCCAAGUCCCUGUACCCAAUAUUCCACAAGCAACAUCACGAAUUCACAGCUCCCGUUGGCCUGGCUUCGACCUACUGUACAGCAACGGAACACCUAUUUUCUAAUCUUCUUCCAAACUCACUUGGAACUUUAGUCGUUUCGCAUCACUGGUCCCAGGCAGUUUUCACGUUCAUCUUCCUCGAAUUCGGCACAAUCUGUACCCAUUCUGGGUACAACAUCCCUUGGUUGCCAUCUAACUUACAGCACGACUUCCAUCAUUUCGCUUUCGAUGAAAACUUCGGUCCUACUGGGAUUUUGGAUGCGAUACACCGCACGAACAAGAAAUUCAGAAAGACAAUCCAAGAGGCUAGGCUCCGAAGUGGUGGCGAUGAUGAGAAAGCGAGAAAAUUGGUUCUUGAAAAACUUGCGGAGGUCGGCAUUGUAGACUCGGCCGAGCGAUAA